AUGGAGACCACCUUCAUAUCGAUUCACGACCUCACCCAGGAUGCCACCAUCCUCUACUCCUCCGAUUCCGUUGUCGACAUCCUCGGCUACACCCCCGACGAGAUUGUCAGCCGAUCAGCAUGGGACUUCUUCUCCCUCGACGAGUUGCCCGUGGCUCGCGAGUUCCACCAGAAGCGCAUUGACUCCGACAAGGCUGCCGUGCUGGCGUACUGUCGGAUCAAGGACCGAAAUGGAGACUGGAUUGGAUGCGAGUGCUGUUUUACUGUCGUCUACGAUGUCAUGGUGGUCUGCACCAGUGUCUAUCGACGCGGCUUGAAAAGCGACAAACGAGCCGUGGAGGCCCCACUGGUUCGACGCAUCUUCUCCUCAUCGCCAAAAGAUCCCAGAUAUCACAUGUUGUCUCAUCUCUCCGCCAAAUUCUCCCAGCCGAAUAAACCCCACCAGCACGAACCCAGAGCUGCCCUUUUCCUCAACAGAUUCACCCGCACCCUAACCAUCAUGUACGCUACAAGCGGACUCCAAGACGUCAUUGGCAUCCCUGCCGAAACCAUGCGCGGACGGAGUUUCUACUACUGCAUUUCGGAGAACUGCCUUCAGGACGCAGUAAAGUGCUUGGAGAACGCCAAAGGCAACGACUCUAUCGCAUACCUGCGCUUCUGGUUCAGAGACCCGCGGCUGGACGAUGAGCCUGCCGCAAGUGAGUCUUCUGACAGUGACGAGGAGAUGACGACAGAGUCCAGUGAAGAUGGAGGUGUGCACCUCCAGCAUGAGCAAGCGUCUCCAGGUGCAGGGAUGGACGUGGACAGCGACGAGUCAAGACAUUCAUCGGGCGACUCCACUCGCGGUCCAGACACACACGAAGCCAUCUUUGGCCAGUCACGAGCGGCUCAAUCCUCCACAUCUUCCUUGGUACCUUCACCAGAGCGCGAGAGAAACUCGCCCGUACAACCAACAGCCGAGCACAUCGAGCUGGAGGCUGUCAUCUCAUGCACGUCAGACGGUCUGGUCGUAUGUCUGAGGAAGGCACGACCGAUGAUUCCACACCCCACACAUCGCCCAUCGCGUCCGGUCUACGAAAACGGACUGUUCGCAGCACCUUGGGCGCCAGAGCCUGUACUCCCUCCACUGGAUGCAAGAGCAGGUGCUGGUUUCGGCGCUGCCUUUGCCCCUUCUUUGGGUCCUCAAGGCGCUCGUCGUACCAGCAACCCAGUAGCCGCGACCGGCCCAGAGCAAUCAGACUUCAUGAGCGCCAUUCGCGACCAGGCUAUCUUCGCCUGGGCUCUUACCGGUAUUAACGGAUCCCUGGCCGAGUACGGUAAGGGCAAGCCAACCGGCGAGGCUCUUCCCCCAGAAGGUCUACCGAUCUGGGCGAGCGACCCUCGACAUGGUGGUGGUGAGAACAAGCUACCACACCAGGACGGCCGACAAGGUGGACCUGGCCCACACAUCUUCGGCGACCCAGGCCUCGACCGAUCUGGCAACAACAGCAGCCGUGGUAUGGGCAGCGGUAAUAACAGCAGCGGUAACAGCGCUUCGAACACGCCGCACGCGCCGCGAUGA